AUGGACUCGCUGCCCAUAGGCUGGACUGUGCACAGGUGCGACGAGGAGGAUGGGGCGGCCGCCGGCGCCGAGGACACCCGCAUCCACGAUCUCUUCCAUGAAGAUGCUCAGGGGCUCCAGCAGGCCGGCCAGCCAUGGUGGAGGGUCAAGUUGUUCGUGUGGGAACCUGUGCUCUUUGGUACCUGGGAUGGCUCCUUCACCACCUGCAUGAUCAACAUCUUUGGGGUGGUGCUCUUCCUCCGCACUGGCUACCUGGUGGGGAACACGGGCGUGGUGCUCGGGAUGUUCCUGGUCUCCAUGGUGGUGGCGGUUGCCCUGGUCACCGUGAUGUCGGGAAUCGGCUUGAGUGAGCACUGUGGAGUGGGGAGCGGAGGAGUCUACUCCAUGAUCUCCAGCGUCCUGGGAGGCCGGGUGGGUGGUGCAGUGGGUCUCCUCUAUGUGUUUGGACAGUGUGUGGCGGGGGCUAUGUACAUCACGGGCUUCUCGGAGUCGGUGGCUGAGCUGCUGGGGCUCCAGAACCAGUGGGCGGCCCGGAGUUUGUCUGCGGCUGUGCUGCUGGCGCUGCUCGGGAUCAACCUGGCCGGCGUGAAGUGGAUAGUACGGCUCCAGCUGCUGCUGUUGGCCGUGCUGGCCGUCUCCACCCUGGACUUUGUCAUUGGCACCUUUACACACCUGGACCCAGAACACGGCUUCGUUGGGUAUUCGGCGGAGCUGCUCGGCAGGAAUGCGCUGCCAGACUACAGCCCGGGGGAGACCUUCUUCACCGUGUUCGGGGUGUUUUUUCCUGCUGCUACGGGAGUGAUGGCAGGCUUUAACAUGAGCUCAGACCUUCAGCGGCCUGAACACAACAUCCCUGUGGGAACACUGGCAGCGGUCUUCACAUCGUGGUUCCUGUAUCUGGUCUUUGUCUUCCUAUUGGGGGCCAUCUGCACCAGAGAGGCUCUGCACUAUGACUUCUUGAUAGCAGAAAAGGUCUCCUUGGUGGGUUUCCUCUUUCUGCUGGGCCUCUACAUCUCCUCCCUAGCCUCCUGCAUGGGUGGCCUGUAUGGAGCACCCCGCAUCCUCCAAUGCAUCGCCCAAGAGAGGGUCAUCCCUGCCUUGGCCUUCCUAGGAAAAGGGAGAGGUCCCAAUAGGACCCCAGUGGCAGCCAUCUGUCUGACCAGCCUGCUGACCAUGGCCUUCAUUUUCAUUGGUCAGGUUAACGUGUUGGCUCCCAUCGUCACAAUAAACUUCAUGCUCACCUACAGCUUCAUUGACUACUCCUUCUUCAGCAUUACCAUGGCCUAUGACCUCCAGACCAAAGAGCGGCAGGAUAACCUUCUCAUGGCAACCAGGGAAGAGAGGAAAAGCCAUCGGAGACGGGCUGGGCACAACUCCAGUCCGCUGCUAGAUGUGACCCACGAGAACUACAGCUCGGUGUUUCGAGGGGAAAGUGUUUCAAGUAAAGGCACUCUGUUGGAAUUCACCAAGGACAUCAACCAGAUCUUCCCCCCUGUCCCAGAUGGUGACGGUGGGGCUGAGGAGAGCUCUUCUAUCGAGUGCUACAGCACAGGGAGGAAAAGGAGGACAAAGGUUCCUCACAAGCAGUUGCUGAUGGACAGCUUUGGCUUUGACCUGAACAGAAAUGUGUUCCCCAAAGAGAGAGACCAGGAGUUGGGCUUGGCUCCCCCAGUAGGAGAAGCAGAAACGCCACAUGGAACUGGGGAGCUAGAGCCCGGCGUUGAACAAGACUCGAUGGUUAAGCACCAUAAACAGUCGAGCCAUACUGUGCUGGACAAAUCAGCUGGGACUCACAAUCACUCCACAGGUGGUGGGAGUAAACCAGAGCACCAGGACCUGGAAAUCAGACCAAUGCCGAACUCUGUCUAUAACAAGUUCUGCAACCACUGGGUUGCCCUAAUCGGUGCAUUGUCCUCUGUCCUGAUCAUGUUUGUCAUUCAGUGGCUCUACGCCUUAGCAAACAUAGUGGCUGCACUGCUGCUCUUCUUCUACAUUGGAAAAACAAGUCCUGGAUUACCCUUAGGAACGGCAGCUCGGUUCAGCUUCUUCAGAUGGCUCAGAUCAACAGCGAGUAGCAUUGGCAGGAGAGGGGUGUCUCCCAGGGACCAGAUCGUAGUGACGCCUUCUCUGUCCAGCGUCGGCAUGAAAACCAAACAGCUGACGGAGGAAAAUGCUGACUUCGCCUCUCGUUGCCGCUAUCACCAGUCCUCCUAUAUCAAAGCAGACAGGAUGGCAUAUCCUCCGGUCAACUGAUAGACCGAUUCAUUUAGUCGUGUAUACGUAUAUCGCAGCUGACAGGCAGCUGGCAAGAACCCCCGCGUUGACAGUGGACCGUGUCAGCCUGUCGAGGCCUUAUUCUGUCAACAGACUGUACCGAACAGAACUACUUAGUGGAGCCCUCAGAAGGAUUUCCUGUGGUAGUCAGGAUGGUGUGUGUGUGUGUUGGGGGGGAUAGUGGCAGCUUCUUGUUACAGGAAUAUUGCAUUAACUGAAAAUGCAAACUGGUGACAUUGCCUUCAUCACCUGUGGAGCCCAAACCUCAUGGAAACUUGAAUUUAAAAAAAAGAAGAAAUCUCACUUUUAUAUGUAUGAUGUUUGCAUGCCGGAGUGACAGGGGAAAAUACUUGGUGGGAGGGGUGAGGGAAGGCUGAGGGGUCAUUUCUAAGAACUCCAGUGACCGCAGUUGUCCGUCCGAUAUAAUUACAUGCUGUAAAUCCAAGAAAAAUUUACGUAAAUUAUCCAAAUUUGUCAACCAAUCUACACAUAUUAAAAAUUUGUUCCA